UUUCAGUUUGACUUCUCGCCGGCGAACACAAUGGAGGGAGAUCAAAAGGUGAAUUCCACUUCUCCGGCGCCGGCGGCGGAGCCGGCGAUGAUGAUCGAAGAAUGGAACGGAACUUCGUCGACGAAACUCACGAAGACGGCCACCAUAACUUCCACUUCUCAUUCUUCGAUCUCCAUCCAAAGAUCCAGUAACGCAUUCACUCAUAUCUCUCAAAGAAUUCUCCAAGCUUUCGUUCCUGAGGGGUAUCCAACUAGUGUUACUCCAGACUAUUUUCCUUUUCAAGUGUGGGAUUCAUUGCAGGGGCUUUCUACGUAUGUGCGGAUGAUGCUCUCUACACAAGCUCUUCUAAGUGCUAUAGGCGUUGGUGAGAAAUCGGCUACUGUUAUUGGGGCAACGUUUCAGUGGUUCUUGCGAGAUUUAACUGGAAUGCUUGGAGGUGUCUUGUUCACUUGUUACCAGGGUUCUAAUUUAGACAGCAAUGCCAAAAUGUGGCGUUUGGUGGCAGAUCUCAUGAAUGAUCUUGGAAUGUUGAUGGAUCUUGUAUCUCCUUUAUUUCCAUCAGCUUUUGUGUUCAUCGUCUGCAUAGGGAGCUUAUCAAGGUCAUUCACUGGUGUUGCUAGUGGUGCCACUAGAGCAGCUUUGACGCAGCACUUUGCCCUUGAAAACAAUGCAGCAGAUAUAGCUGCAAAGGAAGGAAGCCAAGAAACUCUUGCUACAAUGAUUGGAAUGGCUUUAGGAAUGCUUCUUGCACGCCUCACAAUUGGCCACUCCUUUGCCAUUUGGAUAUCCUUUUUGUCUCUUACUAUGUUCCAUAUGUAUGCAAACUACAAGGCUGUCUGUUGUCUUUCGCUGAAUACUCUGAACUGUGAAAGAUGCUCCAUUGUUUUAUCACAUUUCCUCAAGACAGGCCAAGUACUCUCUCCAAAGCAGGUCUCUUCCAUGGAGCAUGUUCUACCUUUAUGGAUGACCUCGUGGAACUUAAAGGGUGGUGAUUCUCUAUACAAGCAAGUACGUUUAGGUGUCAGAGUUUCUUCACUUGACAGCCUUGCUAUGGUUGACCUAUUACAAUCUGCUGGAUCGCAUUACAAGAAAGAGAAAUAUUUACUUCAACAAAAAGGGGGUAUUAUCAGGAUUAUUACUCAUAAGGAUUCAGCGGGAGCUGAUAUAUUACAAUCGUUCAUCCAUGCUCUUGUCAUGGCAAAACUAGAUGAUCAAGAUGGAUCCAUGUCUUCGGAAAGCCAAUCAUGGAUGGAUAAGCAUUAUGAAGUUUUUGUUUUGAAGCUUCAGUCAUCAGGAUGGAAGACUGAACGUCUACUAUCAUCAUCAGUCGUUUGGAGAGCAAAUUGGCUGGUAAAUUAUUCAGAUGGCAAACAUGACUAGUCUACUUUAAUACAAAGUAAAAGUCAUCUAGUUUCAGUCAGAUGCUUUCAAAUUACGACUUGGGGUGAUUUCAAUUCAUCAUUCGGUAUGUCUUGGAUCUUCCAAUGAUCAUUGAGAAGGUAAAAGUUUAGCUCGGCCUACAUGUUGUGUUCAAAGGAUAGCAUUUGAUGGAUAGUUUCCAUGAUCUUGGAGAAACUCUUGUUUAUUGGAAUUUUAAGUAGGUCCUGGAUAAUCUUGAAAUCAGAGUUGUAAUUUAUUGGCCUUUAAUAUAUGUUAUGUAGGUCAAACUCCUCGUAGGGCUUGAUGCCUGUAUAGCCUUGUCUUUGUUAGAAUGGUUAAAUCUUGAGAUGUGUGCUGCUUUUGAAUGCUCCCUUGGGACAAGUGAUGUACACUAGGGUUGUCCAAGUAUUAUCACCUAUUGUCACAACUCGACUUGUACAAUAAUUUGGAUUAGAGUUACGAGGUUCUAAAAACUUUA